AAAACUUCAAUCAUCUACAUAAGUGUCUAUAUCUGCUCCGGAAUGAUAAGUUAAAAAUCCGAUGUCGCAACAUUUUACCACGACAAAACAAAAGCCGAAAUACGACAUGAUCAAGAGAUAUAUAGCCCCACAACUAACAUGAUCUCUUAUUAUCAACUGUAUAGACCUCAAUGGCUUCAUUUGCAUCAGCGGCCGCAACGGUAUUGAUUAAUGUACUCGUGGUGAUACAGAUGUUGUUCCUAUGGCUUGCACCGAAAAGUUUUACCGGUGCUGCUUGUGGUCUUGUUAAUAAUCAAGAUAUAGGAAAUGAUCAAACUGCAUUCAUUGAAAUUAUCAGUAAAACCGGUAAUAUCUCACAAGAGUUUCCUAUAUUGAUCUUUAAGUAUACUGAUCUUGAUAAGUUUCAGACUUUGCCUACGGUAGAUGAAUAUAAACAAUCAUACAAGAAUGAUAGACAAUCUUUACAUCUGAGUUUGAUCGAUCCCUUAACAUCAAUAUUUAACUUGCAACCAAAGGAAAUUAUCGAUGUUGACUAUUUCAAUGGAUUCCUCAUUAAGGAUGAAUCAACAGGUGAAUCUAAAUUUAAUAUGACAGUACAUAAUUCUGGUUAUUAUUGUGUUUAUAUGCUCCCAGCUCACGAUUUAAAAAUCUAUAAGGAUAUCAAAUUCAAUUUUCACAAUUCAUUUGGGAAUUUAAGCAAUUGGGGAUACAUCCUUCAAACUCAAGCUAAGUUUGCAUUCCCCUUAAGUGUGAUAAUACUUGUAUCUUUGUUUUAUUACGUUAAGAGAUUUAAACGGGAUGGUGAUAAAUUACUAAGCUUUGAUUCUGUUUCAUUUAUUUCUAAAAUUAUAAUCGAAGACAUAUCAGCAUUGUUCACAGCUUUGCAAUUGGGUCUUCUAAUUAUAUUAUAUAUAUUGAACAAAUGGCAACUCAAUCGAGCAAAUGUAUUCGCUUUAUUGUUGUUUAUGGGUUAUAAAGGAUUUGGAGUUGCAAUUUUUUAUUAUACAACCCAGUUUUUUGCCGGUUAUGGAGUUUUUCAACUGUUUCCAUCGAUCACCAUCAUUGACAUUAUCAAAAAUAAAAUGAUACCUGAAAUUCUUGUUAUUACCAACUUAGUAUUAAUACUUUGGGAGAGUUUCUGUUCUAUUCAAUUACUUGAUUUAAGUCCAUUUCAUAAUAAUUAUGGAGUUACUGCAACUUCUAUUAUGUUUAUUGAUAAUUUGAAAUCAUUCCUUUCAUUUAUCUUAACCAUCUUCCCCUUGAUCUGGAUUUCACUCAUUAUAAAAGCCUAUUUUAAAAAAUUUGGCAAUUUACAUAGCUAUAAACAACAACUGUUGUUGAAAAACUUGAAACUUAGUAUGGUCUGUCUAAUGUGUGCAUUUGCUCUCCCUACUCUUCUAAUUGUGGUUUUAGGUCUCCAUGCCAUCAAAGAAGUAAAUCCAAGUAUUGAAGAUAUGAAAAGGUUAAUAGUAUCUUAUAUGGGUACAAUGAUACUUCCUGAAGAAAAGGUUCAAUCAGACAUAUUCAAAACGAAAUUAUUUGAAUAUUUUAAUUUGAAAUCAACUAUAUUAACGAUGGUCUGGGGUGAGUAUAUUAAGUUCUUUCUCCUCAUUGGGAUUAUGUUCAUCAUGUGGAUUAAAGAUAAUAGAGGUAUACCUGUUACAGUGGGAGGAGGAGAAGGAGAAGCUCCAGCAGGUGGAGAAGUUCCUGAGGAGAUUGAGUUAAUGGAUUCUCAGGAAGUUUAUUAAUUUCUUUUUAUUGGCUUUAUUUAUUUUAAUAGCUUGUAAUUUAGACUAUUAUGAAUAUACGGUUGUUGUAAAAAAAAGUAUCAC